AUGGUGAAAAUAUUAAUAUUUUCCAAUUGCUGUGUGGGUAGUGCGUACGAUAAAAGUAAUUCUUUAACUGUACGCAGUGCGGCCGAUAGUAUAUUGGAAGAACGUGCUUGGAACAGAGUGCACGCGAAAGACGCUGACUACAAAGAAAAGGCCGCCGCGUGGCUUGUAACUACUGGUAUGAAGGCUAAACGUAAAAUCGGUAGCGGAUGCGGUAUAUCCAGUGGUGGACCUCCCACUAAAAAAAAGAGACAAGGUCGUAGAAGUAACAAUCAAAUUGAAUAUUUAGUGGACUAUUUGAUUCAACACCCUAAUGUAGCCCCAGGAAAAUUUAUGAAAAUGAAUGCAAGAGAUGCACUCCAAGGAUCUUGGGAAGAAUUAGUGGGACAAUUGAAUGAGAUGCGAAGUAGUGGGCAGUCUGAAAAAAAUGUUAAAUCUUGGAAAGAGUCUUGGAGAGAUCAAAAAACAAAAACUUCAAAAAAAGUUAGUGCGCUCAGAAGUGCACGGGUGCAAACAGGUAACAAAAAAACUGAUACACCUCAACUAUCAGAUUUGGACAAAAAAGUUUUGAGUAUUAUUGGUAAUGAAUAUGUUGAAGGGACAUCAUGUCCGGAUUCAUGGCCUGAUGAACAGGAAAAUAAUGUACAAAGGAUGGCUUCGGGUGAAAGUGACAUUUAUCUUAUUGAACCUGCACCUUUGACAUUGGUAGUAGAUGAAAAAAACAAUAAUCAAGGUAAUGAUAUUGACACAAUAGAAAACUUCGAAUAUGAAACUAUUAGUUGUAACUUUGUUGAUGGCAAUGAACAUUUAACACUUGGUGUAUCUACCAGUGAAAAUCUACAAAUUGACAAGAAUGCCGAUGAAAGUGAUUUAAGAGGUUCUACAAGUUCCAAACGACCAAAAAUAGUGAAACAUAGUCUUAGAAGUCAACUACAAACAGCAAGAAAUACAUUCAAUGUUAUUGCAGAUAAACAAGCUGAUUCUAUUAAAGUGAUAGCAGAUUCUUUACUUGUAAUUGGAAAGGCUCUUGAUAAAAUGGCUGAUAAUGAUAUACAAAGAACAGAGAAUGAAAGGAAGAUGUUAAUAUUAUAUGAAAAAAUACUUGAAAAAAAAUAGCUCACGUUACUAUGAAGAAAUCAUAUAAAUGUUGUUAAAAAUAUGUUGUUUUUUUUAAUCUUUAAGGAAAUGUUAAGUUUAAAAUUAAG